UUAGUCAAAUCAGCGACUGAAGUCAGCCUUUCGUACCUUUUCUCGAACGAUUCAACACUACUAUUGUGCUUGUUUUCGCCAGAGCAUGCGCAUACGUUUUUUCUGAAUACGAAGCCUAUUGUAUUUUGUAUUUUUGGAAGAGCAAAAUGUUUAGCAAAUUCAUAUUUUAAAGCCCCAUGAUUUGUUUCAUUUUUCAUGGAGUAAUCCAUCAUAUAAGAACCUUUUGAUUUUUUUGGCUUGGUAGGUUCUUAUAUUUUGGGGUAUUGGAAUCCAAAAUUUUCACUCAGGUUCUUACACACAGGUUUUUACUGUAUAUCCUGCAUUCACGGACUGAAAGUUCCCCUUGAAAGGUGAAAAAGUAGAACUUUUUUUCCAGGGUACAUCAAAUAUAGGAAACUCCGUAACUGUUUAUUUAUUUCCAAGAAAUAGUAUUUUGUUGUUUCACUUCGGGUAUAUUUGCAUGCUCGUGCAUUAUUUUCUCUCUGUAAAAGAAAGAACAGUGUUUGCAUGCCUUAAAAAGGACUGUUCGGCUCUCGGCUACGUCUUUUGAUCUAUUAUGAUGAAAAAAGAAGCGACAACAUUUUUUGAUAGGGCUUUCGUCCACCGGCGCCCCCUAUUUUCCCCAAGAGCUACCGGUCUUCCUGUGGUUUCGGCGGUCUUUCUACGGUGGUGUCAUUUUCACAUUCACGCACAAUAGGCACAGUAGCCUCGUCCCCAGGCUACUCCCUUGCGCUGUCAGCUCCAUGAUGUUUUGCAUGCAGACUUAUACUUUUUAAUAUGGCAGACGCUCUUCAUGCUGACGUCAUAGCCAUGCAGAGCAUGACGGGAGGCAAGCCGAGAAGCCUAGGGACAAGCCUAGGGGCAUAGGCCAGCGCUUACUGCUACGAAUACACUGAUAUGCAAAACAACAUUAACCUAAGUGAAAUGUUGUGUCUACAAUUUUAUUAAGGCUUUUGAAGCACUCAGGAAGGACUUGGAUGGUUGUGUUUCUAGUUCUAUUUUUAUGCUCUUAUUGACAAUAUUUAAAUUAAUCCUCAAUUGAUUACUAUUAGAAGGGAACCUUGAUGACUUUCCCACGUUUAGUCGGGCACGUUUCGGCCAGAUUGUCGGGGGGCGGUACCCUCACGGGGUUGUAGCUCAGAAUACGCGACGUAACUUGACCGGGUUUUCUAAGGAGAGCGCGUCGCAAACAAGGCAUAUUUCAGACAAAUUGGAGGGAAUUUCGUGGUUUACUAUCUGAAUUUAGCCUAACAAAUUCUGUUCCUAUCCUAAAUAACUCACAAGCGAUUGUAAAUCGGCGGUUAGUGAUUCUGCUCACAUCCGUCUUCAGGGGUUCUUUAUCCGUUUUACUAGAAUCAUGGCGGUUAUACUUGAGACCCUCUCGGUACGCAAGCUUGUUCUUUUGGGACUAGGAAUUGUAGUGGUUCUAUCGGCGUUCUUCAUUGCCGGCGGUAAAAUCGUCCCCAUAGAAUGGUUUACUUUGUGGGUGGAUAUGCCCUUCAUGUUAUUAUUUACGGAUAUUCGCCAAGGCCUGUUCUAAGCUAUGUUCAUGUGUUUUUGGAUCGUUUUCACCGGUGAACAUUUGUUGGACCAGUCUGAACGCAACAAACUCCAGGUGUACUGGCGCCAGGUUGGUUGUAUCGGGUUUGGCUGCCUGUGUCUGCUGGUCUUCGAUAUGUGUGAAAGGGGCUACCAGCUACAUAACCCGUUCUACUCGAUCUGGGCCACUGAACCCGGAAGUAAAUUGGCUGUAUCCUUUAAUCAUGCGCCCUUGACACCGGUAUCUACGGCAUGUGGAACACAUACGUACUGACGCUCAUGUAUUUGUACGAGCCAUGUACUGAACCUGAAAUGAUCCCGGAACUCGAAACGAUCACAGAACCCGAAAUUAUCCAUGAACCGGAAACGAUCCCAGGACCCGAAACGAUCCCCGAAAGUCACUCAACUGAUCGCGGGACCCGAAACGAUCCCCAGGAGUCCCCGAAAUGAACCCCAAGGGAAAGCGGAAGAAAUGACUUGCAAUUCUCAUGUUCAGCCCUCUACCGGACGACGCUCGUGACCAACUUUACCUACCGGCCCAGCUAACGCAGCCAGGCCUUCGGAACUAGCUGUAAAUGCCCGAAUGUCGUAGACGGCGACCUGCUGUUCUAGAAAACAAUCAACAAUUGUAAUUUUUAAUUAUUUUGGUUUACCUGUGGCGCAUGGGACGCCUGUAGCGUGCGCAUGCGCGUGUCGGGUAGUGUAGUUGUUUUUCGAGCACGUUUUAACCUUUAACCUUUAAAUACAAUAAUUGCCACUAGCAAAACUAUACAAAACGUAGCAAGUGUGGCCAAGUUGUAAACAUAGCGAAUUUCGUUGAUAAAUGUUGUAUUAACAACAGAGCUGGUAGCAGGGCAAGGUUCGAUUUAAACAUCGAAAUUUAGAGAAAGUUGAGAAAAGAUAAAGCAAAAGGUGCUUACACUCGCGCGAAAACUACCGAAAACUCCACAGGGAGCCCACCAUGCUCGAAGAUCCAUCGUACUUUGCGGGCGCUCUCAAAGGAAGCUCUCCUCUGCGGUUUUGAAUAAAGUUAGAUUUAUCAGUUUA